AUGUUGAUCACGCGCGGAAUCUCACUUGUCAAUUUUGCAGUCGCUUCGUCGGCGUUGGCAUUCCAGGUUUUCGUCUUAUAUCCAUGGCAUAACCAGCUGGAUCACGAGUUCAAGUCUUUGAAGAAGGAGCAUCUACGGGUACUGCGUCAACUUGAUCUGCACAUGCCUGUCAAAGCGUAA